AUGAUGGCCAUGAACGCCAAGCAGCCGUUCACCAUGCACGCUGCCCUCCAGGAGCCCAAGUACUCCAGCCUGCACUCCAGCUCGGAGGCUAUGCGCAGAGUUUGCCUCCCAGCCCCGCAGCUCCAGGGCAAUAUAUUUGGAAGCUUUGAUGAGAGCCUGCUGGCCCGCGCAGAGGCUCUGGCGGCUGUCGAUAUUGUCUCCCACGGCAAGAGCCACCCGUUCAAGCCGGACGCGACCUACCACACCAUGAGCAGUGUCCCGUGCACCUCUACCUCCUCCGCCGUGGCCCUCUCGCACCCCGCGGCGCUCACCUCGCACCCGCACCACGCCGUGCACCCGGCCCUGGACGGCGACCUCCUGGAGCACCUCUCGCCCUCGCUGGCCGUCGGCGGGCUGGGCGAGCCCCCGGCCGUGCCGGCGCCGCUGCCCCCGCACCCGCUGGGCGCCAUGGGCCACCUGGCCAUGGGCAUGGGCCCCCCCGGGGGCCCGGCGCCGCCGCUGCCCGCGCCGCCCUGCCUCCCCGACGUGGAGUCCGACCCGCGGGAGCUGGAAGCCUUCGCCGAGCGCUUCAAGCAGCGCCGCAUCAAGCUGGGGGUGACCCAGGCCGACGUGGGGGCGGCCCUGGCCAACCUGAAGAUCCCGGGCGUGGGCUCGCUGAGCCAGAGCACGAUCUGCCGCUUCGAGUCGCUGACGCUGUCGCACAACAACAUGAUGGCGCUGCGGCCGGUGCUGCAGGCCUGGCUGGAGGAGGCCGAGGCCGCGCACCGCGACCGCGCCGCCAAGCCCGAGCUCUUCGCCGGCGCCGAGCGCAAGCGCAAGCGCACGUCCAUCGCCGCGCCCGAGAAGCGCUCGCUGGAGGCCUACUUCGCCCUCCAGCCGCGGCCCUCCUCCGAGAAGAUAGCCGCCAUCGCCGAGAAGCUCGACCUCAAGAAGAACGUGGUCCGCGUCUGGUUCUGCAACCAGCGGCAGAAGCAGAAGCGCAUGAAGUACUCGGCGGUGCACUGA